AUGGGGGCAGACCACUCGACGCCACCGCCGACCAAGCAGCGCCGCGUCGCCAUCCUCGGCCCGUCGGGCGCCGGCAAGACGACGCUCCUUCUCCAAUGGGCCCACCACGCUACGGGACCGACGCUACCGACUGUCGGGUUCAAUGUCGAGACCGUUGCCUUCGAGGACACCCGCUUCACGAUGUGGGACAUUCCAGGCCAAGUCGCUUUGCAGCCGUGCUGGCCGCAGUACUGCAGCAGUGUUGACGCAGUGGUCUUUGUCGUGGACGCGACCGACCGCAGUAGCCUUGGUGCAGCGAGGGAUGCACUGCAUGCGGCGUUUGCCGUCGCCCGCCCGUCUCGCUGUCUCCUCGUGGCCAACAAGAUGGACCAGCCCGACUGCGUCGAUGCGUUAGAGCUGCUUGCGCAAGAGCAUAUCAUGGGCAACCUUUACGCCAAGCUGCGCGACGUCCUGGAUCGCUUCUCGGGGACGAAGCGCCGCAUCAUCAUGCUCGGGCUCGACGCGGCGGGCAAGACCACAAUUCUGUAUCGCCUCAAGCUCAACGAGACCAUGCACACACUGCCGACGAUUGGCUUUAACGUCGAGACGUUCAGCUACAAGAACGUCGAGUUUACCGCGUGGGACAUUGGCGGCCAAGACAAGCUGCGCGCGCUUUGGAAGUACUAUUACCAGAACACAGACGCCAUCAUUUUCGUUGUCGACGCCACCGACCGCCAUCGGAUCGAUAUUGCCGCCCACGAGCUCGCGCGCUUGCUGCAAGAAGACGAGCUUUGCUAUGCAAAGCUACUCGUGUUUGCCAACAAGCAAGACUUGCCGGGCGCCAUGUCGGCCGGGGACGUUGCCCGCCACUUGAAGCUGGACCAAGUGACCAAGAACCCGACGCUCGUACAGCCGUGCUCGGCUGUAGGCGGCACGGGGCUCUACGAAGGCCUCGACUGGCUCAGCAAGGUGCUGACCGAGCGCCACUAG